CACAAGAGUUGCCUGUUCCCCCCUGUGCCAUCCCGUUGAUUUGCCGAAACGUGCACAGCUUCAUUGGAGCUCUUUGCUUCUGCCUUCUUUUUCUCUCUUCCUCACAUAAUCUACCAUAUCUCACUCGUAUUCACCACCCACACACGGUGCCAUCGGAGAUGAACGCGGCUUAAUCCCUUAAAUGAAAUGUGCCUGGCGCUAACCACAUCCAACCCCACCACCACCAUCCUCGUCUCACUCCUCCCACGACAUGUCGUCUCCCACCCGCGUAGACUCGCCCAUGGCCGUCCCCUUCCUCCCCAUCACCUUCGAUAACGCGGAGCCCGAGGCGUCCGCUCUCAAGCUCGCGUAUGCCCUGCGGCCCGCGUGGAAGGAGUCGGAGGGCGAGGUGGAGAUUGAGAAGUUCACCGACGGCAUCACCAAUGUCCUCUGCAAAGCCACCAAGCAGCAUCCCGGCCGGACGGAUGCGCAGAAUGAUCAGGACGCCGUGCUGAUGCGCGCGUACGGACAGGGCACCGCCGUGCUCAUCGAUCGCGAGCGGGAGAUGAAGGCGCAUAACUUGCUCGCCAAUACCGGCCUCGCUCCGCCUUUAUUAGCGCGCUUCGAGAACGGCCUCAUGUACGGCUUUGUGCAAGGGCACGUCUGCUCGCCGGAGGAUCUGCGCAAACCCGCCGUCUACCGCCAGACGGCCAAGCUCAUCGGCCAAUGGCACGCCGCCCUCCCCAUCUCCGCCAUCACCUCCACCCCCGACCUCGAAAAGGACGCCGCGGACCGCAAGCACUGCGGCCUCAAAGACGGCAAGCACACGCGGCCCAUGCCCAACAUCUGGAGUCUGAUGCAGCACUGGAUCGACGCGCUGCCCGAAUCGACGCCAAAAGAGAAGGAGCGCAAAACCGUGCUCGACGCCGAACUCACCCAGCUCUCCGCCCGCUUCGGCGAAACGCCCGGCCUCGACGGCCGCGACUACAUCUUCUCCCACUGCGACCUGCUCUCCGGCAACGUCGUCAUCCAAACCCCGUCCGGCACAAAGUGGGACGGCAGCGAGAAGCCCGUCUCCUUCAUCGACUACGAGUACUCCACCCCCGGGCCCGCAGCCUUCGACAUCGCAAACCACUUCGCCGAGUGGGCGGGCUUCGAAUGCGACCACGCCGGCGUCCCCACACGCUCCCAGCGCCGCGACUUCCUCAAGCACUACGUCGGCGCUUUCCGCUACCAUUCCAUCUCGGAUGAUAUCACGACUUCCGUGGAUAUCGACAUGCGGGAAGAUGUGGAGCAGCUAUUUCGCCAGAUUGACGAGUUCCGCGGGCUCCCUGGCUUCUUUUGGGGGAUUUGGGCGCUGAUUCAGGCGAUGAUUAGUUUGAUUGAGUUUGAUUAUCCGUCGUAUGCCGAGCUGCGGUUGGGUGAAUACUGGGCGUGGAAGGCGGAAGAAGAUGGGUCGCGGAAGCAGAAAGGAGAGGAGAUGACGGUGCGGGAACGACGGUGGGCGGAGGAAUGAUGAUGAUCCUCUGUCCUUUGUCAUUGUCGUCAUCACGUUGGAGGUGGUCUAAUUGCCGGGGGUUGUGAAGUGUGCUGGAGGAAUGCGUUGCAAUCUCAUUCAACAUGAUACCCCCGAUUGGCGAGAGCAGAGCGGAUGCGCUUAGAUAUUGCUCCUUCUAACCUGUAGACAUCGCCUGGGUAGAGAGAGGAAAAUCAGCUCCAUGGGAGGGAAUGAUGGAGCAG